UUAGUAAAUAUAAAUAGUAUGAACAUUAGAAGCUUUUAAUGGAACAUUUAAUUUAAAGACGAUGCAAAUGUUGAAGAGAGAGCAAUGUGACCACACUAAACAUGAUUCUAGCUUCUCUCAUUGGAAGGUUCUUAUUGAUCCUUCUGAUUGGGGAAACCAUGGAUAUACAAGAUACAAGAAAGAAAACCUGCCACAAAAUUUCAGUGUGGGAGUGUAUGAGCUUGGUGUAGGUUCGUCGACUAGUGAUUUAGGGUGUGAAAUUUACAAGCUUGCGACCGACCCUCAUGGCGUAGUAGUGGUUUAUAUUGGAAAAUCUGUUGAUGUGAGAAAAAUACUCCAAAGUUAUAGCAAAGAUGGAGGUCAUUUGGGUGAUGGUUGUGCAUCAGGCUCAUUGUUGAGAAACUGAAUUGUAACAGAAAAGAAAGAGAAAAUAACAGAAAGAGAAAAAUGGAAAAGAAACUAUGGGUUUCAUUGAAUGAAUAGAGAUUACAAGAGAACCUUUAUUUAUAGUGUAUCAUAAGAUAGUGCACACUAAGCUAAUAUGAAUCUUACAUAUAUGAUUGUAACUCUAGUUGUAACUAACUUUGCAGGUUGUUAGAACAAUAAAACUAGCUAAGAGUUUAGUUAACUUGUUGCACAAGUUACUAGUGUGUAGUAUGUUCCUUCUCUUUAUCUUUGAUCAUUUGUGUUUCCAUAUGAUCUGUGUUAUUCUUCAAUAUCCUCCCACAAGCUGGAGCAUGAUAAAUAUUUAUCAUUCCAAGCUUGGAUACAAAAGAAUUGAACUUUGGAGGUGACAGAGGUUUUGUAAGGAAAUCUGCAAGCUGUUCUUCAGUAGAUAUAGGAAGCAACCUUAGUAUUCCUUUUUGUACCUUUUCUCUGACAAGAUGGCAAUCUAUUUCCAAAUGUUUAGUUCUCUCAUGAAAUACUGGAUUGGAAGCUAUGUGAAUUGCACUCUGACUAUCACAGUAUAACACAGGUUGUCUGAUGCAAGUAACUUGUAAAUCUUUCAAGAGAUAUAGCAGCCACUGAAGUUCACAUGUGCCAGUAGAAAGUGCUCUAUACUCUGCUUCUGAGGAUGACCUAGAAAUAGUUGCUUGUUUCUUUGCACGCCAUGAGAUCAAUGAUGAACCUAAGAAGAAACAAAAACCUGUUGUUGAUCUUCUAGAAUCAAUACAACCAGCCCAAUCAGCAUCUACAUAACCAAGGAUUUGUAAAUCAGAAUGUCUAGGAAAGAAUAAACCAAGUCCAGGGUUAUGUUUCAAGUAUCUGAUGACCCUACAAGCAACUUUGUAAUGCGAUACAGUAGGAGCAUUUAAAAACUGACUGAGUUGUUGAGUUGCUAGUGUGAUAUCUGGUCUUGUAGUAUUGAGAUAGAGAAGUCUUCCAAUGAGUCUCCUGUAACAAGACACAUCAGCAAAAGGUUUGCUAUUGUCUUGGUGCAAUUUGAUGGAAGUAUCCAGAGGAGUAGAAGCAGGUUUAGAAGCUAAAAGUCCAGAAGAAUCCAAUAGGUCAAGACAGUACUUUCUUUGAGAAAUAGAGAUCCCCUCUUUGGAAUGAGCAACCUCUAAUCCUAAAAAAUACUUUAGAAUUCCCAAAUCUUUGAUCUUGAAAUGAGCAUCAAGUAUAGCUUUGAUUCUAGUGAAUUCAGUGAUAGAUGAACCAGCAAGAAUAAUGUCAUCUACAUAUACUAAUAAGGCAGUAAAAUUAGAACCUUGUUGAAUGGUGAAAAGUGAAUAGUCUGAUGGUGACUGUGUAUACCCUUCUGCUAUCAAUAAAGAUGUCAACUUCUCAUACCAUUUCCUA